CGCUCCCGGAGGGCUUCGCCGGACCCUCCCCGGCCUCCGUAGCGACCCCUGCCUGCGGCCAGCGGUGAGGGGGGCCCUCCUUCCCCGCCCCCCCUCCCCCCCCCCCCCCCCCCCUCCCUCCCCUCAGCGGAGCCAAGAUGGAGCCCGCCCGGUGAUUUCCCCGGUGCAAUCCGCUGUCAUCCGCCCGCCGGACCGCCGCGGCCCGCCUCAUCCCCGCUCUCCGCCGACGCCACCGGUACCCAGCGAAGCGGCGAGGCUUGUAUUGACCGGAUCGCGGAAGAUCGGAGGGACCCAGCGGGGGGCUCCGAAGCGGGGACACCCCCCCCCCCCCCCCCACCACCACCCCCCCCCACUUGAAGCCCCGUUACCCCCCUCAGCGCCCCGCCGCCAUUUUCUCCGCGUCCCUUCAUGUGAAGGCCGGUGGAUGAGCCGCCGCUCGCCGCCGCGCCCGGCCGGAGGAGCCGCCGCCGCCGCCGCCUGAGGCUCGCCCCGCCCGGCCGCGCCCUGCCCCGGGGGAGGGAAGGGGACCCCGGGCUCGUCCCCCCUCCCCGGUGCUCGGUGAUGCGCUGACCGGGGGGGCUCCCCCCCACCGGGCCGGGACCGCCGAACCCCCAUCGCCGGGCAAAGUGGGGGGGUCGUCGGAGGAGACGGCGGCGGCGGGAGGAGGAGGAGGAGAAGAAGGAGGAGGAGGAGGAGGACGGCCGGGACCGCGGGCCGGCCACGCAGCCGCCGGCAUGUUGCAGAAUGUGAAUCCCCAGAGCAAGAUUCUGGGGGAGGGCAAUGCCGGGCUCAUGGGCCUGGCGACGGAAUCGACCCCCGGCAAGCGGAUCCGCAAACCCUCGCUCCUCUACGAGGGCUUCGAGAGCCCCACCAUGGCGUCGGUGCCGGCCCUGCAGUCCCCCCAGGUGAACCCACCUCCGCCCGAGGUUUCCAACCCCAAGAAGCCGGGGCGGGUCACCAACCAGCUGCAGUAUCUGCACAAAGUGGUGAUGAAAGCUCUCUGGAAGCAUCAGUUUGCUUGGCCUUUUCGUCAGCCCGUCGACGCCGUCAAGUUGGGCCUGCCGGAUUAUCACAAAAUCAUCAAACAGCCCAUGGACAUGGGGACGAUCAAAAGGCGUUUGGAGAACAACUAUUACUGGGGGGCUGCGGAGUGCAUGCAGGAUUUCAACACCAUGUUCACCAACUGUUACAUCUACAACAAGCCCACGGAUGACAUCGUGCUGAUGGCCCAAACCUUGGAGAAGAUUUUCCUGCAGAAGGUGGCUCAGAUGCCGCCAGAGGAGCAGGAGAUCGUGGUGCCGGUGGCCAAGAACAGCCAUAAGAAAGGAGCGUCCCGGGCGGCCGCGCUCCUGGCGGGACUGACGGCCGCUCAGCAAGUGCCGGCUGUCUCCUCGGUGUCCCACAGCGCCGUGUACGCCCCCAGCGCCCCCGACAUCCCCACCACCAUCGUCAACAUCCCCCACCCCUCGGUCAUCGCCGCCCCGCUCCUCAAAUCGCUGCACUCGGCCGCCCCGCCCGUCCUGCCCGCGCCCGCUCCCACCCAGCCCGUGGCCAAGAAGAAAGGUGUGAAGCGGAAAGCGGACACCACCACCCCCACCACCACGGCCAUCAUCGCCACCAGCGGCGAGUCCUCGCCCUCGGCCACGAUACUGGAGGCCAAAGCGGCCAAAAUCCCCGCCCGGCGGGAGAGCGGCCGCCCCAUCAAACCCCCCAAGAAGGAUUUACCGGAUUCUCAACAGCACCAGACGUCCAAAAAGGGCAAAUUGUCGGAGCAGCUCAAAUACUGCAACGGGAUCCUCAAGGAGCUGCUCUCCAAGAAGCACGCGGCGUACGCUUGGCCCUUCUACAAGCCCGUCGACGCUUCGGCGCUGGGGCUGCACGACUACCACGAGAUCAUCAAGCACCCCAUGGACCUCAGCACCAUCAAGCGGAAGAUGGAGAACCGGGAUUACCACGACGCGCAGGAAUUCGCCGCUGACGUCCGGUUAAUGUUCUCCAACUGCUACAAGUACAACCCCCCCGACCACGAUGUGGUGGCCAUGGCUCGCAAGCUGCAGGAUGUUUUUGAGUUCAGCUACGCCAAGAUGCCGGACGAGCCGCAGGACGCCAGCCCGCCCUCGGUGUCGGCGCCGCUCGCCGGCCCCCUCUCCAAAUCCUCCUCCGAGGAGUCCUCGAGCGACGAGGACGACGAGGACGACGACGAGGAAGACGACGACGAGGACGAAAGCAGCAGCGAGAGCUCGUCGGAGAGCGAGGAGAGCUCCGACUCGGAGGAGGAACGCGCCAACCGCUUGGCCGAGCUGCAGGAGCAGCUGCGGGCCGUGCACGAGCAGCUGGCUGCCCUCUCGCAGGGCCCCGUUUCCAAACCCAAAAAGAAGCGGGAAAAGAAAAAAAAGAAGAAAUCGGAAAAACACAAAACGCGAGGAGGAGGAGGAGGAGGCGGCGGCGGGGGCGAGGAGGAAGCGCGGGCGCGCCAGGCCCAGCUCCGUAAGGCCAAGAAGGGCGGCGGCGGCGGCUCCAGGAACUCUUCGAAGAAAGCGGCGAAAACGGCGCUGCCCCCGCCGCCGGCGCUCUACGACUCGGAGGAGGAGGAGGAGAGCAAACCCAUGACCUACGACGAGAAACGGCAGCUCAGCUUGGAUAUCAACAAGCUCCCGGGCGAGAAGCUGGGGCGGGUGGUUCACAUCAUCCAGUCGCGGGAGCCUUCCCUGCGCGACUCCAACCCCGAGGAGAUCGAGAUCGAUUUCGAGACCCUCAAGCCCUCCACGCUGCGCGAGCUGGAGCGCUACGUCCUCUCCUGCUUGCGGAAGAAGCCUCGCAAGCCCUACAGCGAAACCAUGAAGAAGCCGGUGGGGAAGACGAAAGAGGAGCUGGCGCUGGAGAAGAAGCGGGAGCUGGAGAAGCGGCUGCAGGAUGUCAGCGGCCAGCUCAACUCCACCAAAAAGCCCCCCAAAAAGGCCAGCGAGAAGCCGGAGUCGGCGCAGCAGGUGGCCGUGUCGCGGCUCAGCGCCUCCAGCUCCAGCUCGGAUUCCUCCAGCUCCAGCUCCAGCUCCUCGUCCUCCGACACCAGCGACUCGGACUCGGCCCCUUAGAGCCGUGUUUUCAUCUGACUGUAUGUUUCGAACCUUUCGAUUCUUUAACAUGUAAAUAAAGAAAAUAUUAUUCGAGUUGA